CUGUUCGGAGAGAAAGGAGAAGUGUCAGAGCGGUUUGGCAGGAGAAAGAUGAGGAUUUUAGUUGUUCUGCAGCAUGAUAACAAGAUUGAGCUGCCGGUGUCAGUGAACAUGCUGGAUGUGUACAGCAGUGGAGGGAUGGCUGUUCCUAACGUCACCGUCUCCAACUCCUGUCCUGCUGACCUGCACAAUGUCAAGACUGAGUUAACCGGUACCGAGGUGGAGGUUAAAGCUAUGAUGAAGGAGCGACAGAAAAAGGACAAUCAYAAUCAGAUUGAGAGACGCAGGAGGUUCAAUAUCAACGAUCGCAUCAAGGAACUGGGAGCUCUCAUCCCCAAGUCGAGUGACCCGGAGACGCGUUGGAACAAGGGCACCAUCCUGAAGGCGUCUGUGGACUACAUCAGGAGGCUGCAGAAGGAGCAGCAGAGAGCCAAGGAGGUGGAGAGACCAGACAAGAGGAAACUGGAGCACAACAACCGUAACCUACUGCUACGUAUACAGGAGCUUGAGAUGCAGGCCCGCCUCCACGGCCUCUCCACCCCCGCCUCUUCCUCCCAAGGCAGCUCCUCCUCACACCUAAGCCUAUCACAGUCCCUGGACCCCAGCACGGGCGACGCCCUCUCCAGGAMCCUCCUCUCCCUGAGUGGUGGCCAAGGCCUCCAGGCUGCCUCCCCCUCCUUCYUGUCUCCACCCCCCUCGGCCUCUCCGGUUGGUCUGAUGACUAUGGGCAGCCCCUUGGAUCUGGACUCUCUGAGCUUCUCUGACCUGGAUGACCCGUCGGCCGCAGCCUUCCACGCCUCCCUGCUGCCGGACAUGGGUCUGGGGGACAUCCUGAUGGACGACAGGGGGCUGGGGAUGUCCUCUGUUGGGGGCAGAGACCCCCUGCUCUCCUCCGUCUCCCCAGGAGUCUCCAAGACCUCUAGUCGCAGGAGCAGCUUCAGCAUGGAGGAAGAUUUGUGACUGUUAUAAACCCUAGACCCUUACACCCUAGCCCCUACACUGCUAGGCAGGAACAGAUUCAGCAUGAAGGAAGACUUGUGACUGAUACAAAGGGACUCUAGAUCCUAAUCCAUAGCCCUUACACCCUAGACCCUACACUGCUAGGCAGGAACAUAAACAGCAUGGAGGAAGACCUGUGACUGGGCUGAGUCCCAAACCAACUCCUAGACCCUACACCCUAGACUAAACCCUAUACCCUUAGACAGUUAAUGUAAAUCUGAGAGAUUUGGAAAAUAGUAAUCAUGGCAAAACAUUCCAGCCAGUAGAAUCAUACCAGAGUGUUUAUAUCAAUCCCCCAUCCUUUCAGAUUUACAGSAGUGACUGGAGAGUCGUUUUUUGGGGGGGAUUCAGCAGAAUAGGGUCCAGGAUUCACUGCUUAUUGUCUUCUGGUUCUACGAAUCUUCCAACUGGGAUUUCUGGAAGGGAAAAAAAAAAAAACAUGGGAAUUUUGGGAAAGUUGAAGGGAAUUUUUUUUGUAACCCAAAUUUUAGUUUAUUCUAGACAAGAAUUUUCUAGAAAGAAUUCCUGAUCCCUGUGGCGAUGACGGAAUCCAUUGCAGCACUCCAAAAUAUUUGAUCUCCAUGCUUGUUAAGAGAAAAACAACGAAGUAGAAUAGAUCUAUGGAGUUGAGCUGUUCUGUAGCAUUAAAAGAUCAACAUGAAUUGUCGACUACAUGUAAAGAUACACGUUUCUUAGAUACCAGCAUACUAUUUUUAUUUUAUAGUUCUGUGAAUAUAAUUAUGAUAGA